AUGAAUUGUUUGGAAUGAAACGUGGAAGCGUGCCUCACCAAACGAGGAGAACCAGCUUCGGUUCUCCAGCUUUGUGUUGAGCAACAGUAUUGCCAAACAACUAAAAUUCAAGGUUCUAAUUUGGCAGAUUUUCUCCAGUGCCUAAUUGGAGCCGGACCCAGAGCCGAUCACUGAGCCAAAACUGUAAACUGAACUGCAGGACCGGGCCCGGAGCGUGGCGCUGACAGGAAUGGCACGGAACCACAGCACAGAUGAGACAGUGCAAGUGUGACUCCAGACCCAGGAGGAUGAGCAGUGGUCCCCCGAGGACUGCUUCCUCCUAGCUGACGGAUGGAAGGAGGCAGCCCCUGCGAGCCUCCCUGUUGGGCUGCUGACCCAGAGAGCGGUGUUGGUCACACCAGGCGUGAGCCCACGUCCCCUGCCAGAGACGAUCACAGCCGCGUCCAGGGGGUCAUCUUUUCUUCCUCACCGAUUUUAGACUUGAGUCAAAGAGGUCUUCACCACUUAGGAGAGAUCUUUAACAUCCCCAGCCUCAAACAAUUGCAUCUUCAAGGAAAUGCCCUCAGCACGAUUCCUAGAGACUUCUUCCAGCUGCUGCCAAACCUCACUUGGCUAGACCUCCGCCACAAUCGAGUCACAGCGCUUCCGCCCGGGAUUGGCCGUCACCGGCAUCUGAAAACUUUGCUUUUAGAAAGAAAUCCUAUCAAAAUGUUACCUGUGGAGCUGGGAAGCGUGGCCACCCUGAGAGCACUGAACCUGAGACACUGCCCUCUGGAGUUCCCCCCGCCCCUGAUUGUGCAGAAGGGGCUGGGGGCCAUCCUGACCUUCCUGCGGAUCUGCGCGGCCGAGCACGCGUCCCCUCAGGGUUCGGCUCCUCGAGCGUCCCCAGUGACAGAGACGACCAGAGGUGAACCGUCGCCUCCCCUGGCGGCUGUGUCCCAAGAGCGUGUGCCUAACAGAGGACCCGCCGCUUCCCAGGCGCCGGUGGGAAGCGGGCGCCCAGCAGAGGCAGACUUGCUCCCCUCUGUUGAAAAGCUGGGCCUGAGUGAGCUGGGACGGUCCGCCGACUCGUUGGAAGACUGGCCGAGCGAGGAGGAAAUCCAGCGUUUCUGGAAGCUGCGGCAGGAGAUCGUGGAGAACGAGCAGGCGGGGGUUCGGGAGAACCAGCUGCUGCCCGUGGAGCUGCCCCCAAACCUCAAGGCCGCGCUGAGCGCCAAGGAGAAGCCACGCCCUGACCCGAGACCCGCGUUCAGGGGGAAGAGGCCCUCCUUCAAGAGCGUCCUGCCCGACCUCGCCGCCUUGCGCCAGGCCCUGGUGCACGUCUGCCGGCUGGAGCAGAGCCGGGACGCGGCCCUCCGGGAGCUGCGGGAGAAGCAGGUGCAGACGGAGCAGCGCAGGAGGGACCGGAGAGCGCUGCAGGAGUGGAGGGAGCAGACCCGGGUGAUGAAGAGUAGGAGGAGGGAGCUCAGCAGGUUCCCGCCCCUGCAGAGGAACCUGGUGACAUCAAAAAUUCCCUUUGCCACGGAUCUGAUGCAGAAUGAGAAACCCGUGAAUUCACCUGGAAAAAUGAGACAAAGCAGAGAGAGAUCACUGCACGCAAAUCAAGGAAUGCGAUCUGUUCAUGGGAGUGAGCUCAUUCUUGGACACCCAAAACCCUACCUCCUGGGGCUUCUGGACAUCCACGUCUCAGCCCACUGCUCAGAGUGUAGACUCAGAAGUCUCUCCGGCGUCAUGAACAACUCUGUGCUCACAGACCUGGUGCCCUACACGAAAUGGACCAAUUCCUUGAAAGACGCUACCUGCCAAAGCUCACACGAGGAGAAACGGACAAUCUGAAUAGACGGAUGUGUGUUAAAGAAAUUGAGUCAGUAACUAAUAACUUCCCAGCAGGUUCGCUGGUGAAGUCUACCAGAUAAUUAAGGGAGUGAUCAUAUGAACUCUCCUAAGUCUCUCCCGAAAAUAGAAGCAGAGGGAACACUUGGUGGCUCAUCCUGUGAGGCCAGCAUCACCGUGAUACCAUAGCCCAGGGCGUUACACGAGAGGAAGACUCCAGAGCAGCCUCUCUCACGAACACAGAUGCGGAAGUCCUCAACAAAAUACGAGCAGAUCAAAUCCAACAACGUAUGGAAAGAAUUAUGCACAACAAGCAAGUGGAAUUUAUCCCAGGCAAGCAAGGCUGGCUCGCACUUGAAAACCAGUUUAAUAAAGCAUUACAUCAACAGGCUGAAGAAGAGCAACUGUGCGGCUGUAUCAGUAGAGGAAGGAAGAGCAGUUAUCAAAGCCCGAGACAAAAGCUGUCAGCAAACCAGGGACAGCGAGGUGCCUCCUCAGCCUGAAGAGCGUCCGCAGAGACUCACACUAACGUCGCACUGAGUGGUGAGAGGCCAGAAGCUUUUCUGUAAGGUCAGGUGCGAGAGGAGGAGUCCACUCCCACUGCUGCUCCUCAGCAUCGUGCUGGACAUCUUGGCUGACGCAACAAGAAAGGGAAAGUAAAUACAAAUCAAGAAGAUGGAGAUACAGCUUUGUUUUAAAUGACACGAUUGUCUGUAUAGAAAGUCCCAACAAAUCGACCAAAAAAAAAUCCUGGAACUGAUAAGCAGUUGCAGAAGGCAGCAAGACACAGGGUUCACCUGGAGAGGUCCAUCACCUCCCACGUGCCAGCGAUGGACAGGUGGCAUGUCAGCACUGAAAAAACGGU